GCAAUACUAGCCACGUUUAAUACUUGUAUCUUCCUGGCCUAGCCUUUCUGUAAGGGCUGUCACAGCAAUGCUUCUUUGCUCUUGCUCAACGAACGGUCCGUGCGACUCCUUCCAAAUAGCAUAAGCUACUAAGCAUUAGUAGACGAAGCUUUAGUCGGUUAGCACACGCGAAGCUCGGCCCUAUAGGAUUCGCGUCGCUCUUUGCGGUCUUCCCCGAAUCUUAGCAAAUGAAGUUCCUGGACCUACCCCCUCUACAGCGCCUGAACGCAUUCUUAAAAAGCGUGGACGUGGGCGAUCACAUCUUGCAAGGCGACUUGGAAGCCUACUCAUGCAAGCUUGCGGGGCUUGACAAGAAGCUUUCAAAGAGCCUAGACCAGGAGGUAGCGACAGGCAGCUCUCCGUUGGAGCUCAGCGCCUCCCCUGUGGGGCCCCUUGCGGAGUCCAGCAGCCGCAAGACGCUCAUCUACCUGAUCCUCACGCUCAACCACAUUUACCCCGACUACGACUUCAGCCUGCUUCGCGCGCACCACUUCCAGAAGCAGGACGGAGUGAGUGUGGCGGAGGAGGCCAUUGACAGCCACCUGCUGGAGGUGUCCAAGGUAUGGGCCAAGACGCCGGGCAUGGGGGACAUCCCCUUCCUGGAGUGCCUCUGGAGCUCGGUGGACGAGGCCAUCUGCCUCAAGGAGUGCGAUGUGUACUGCUACAAGUCGGACCUGGAGACUGACCCCUUUGGUGAGCAGGCCAGCGUUUGGUCCUUCAACUACUUUUUCUACAACAAGAAGAUGAAGCGCAUCCUGUACUUCAGCUGCCGGGCCAUCAGCAAGCAGGCAGCGGACGAGGAAACCGAGUCCUCGUCCAAGUACGACAAGUACAACACGGAUACGGACGAUGACGACACCGACCGCUACGGCAUGGCCACGGAGAUGGACGUCUAACGGGCUGCUGGAGGCCACCCGGACUCUUGAGACACUCCUGUGGCAAAUUCAGACAUUUCAGUGGAUACUAGUGACGCUGCGUCCCUGCCCUUCCCGCACUGUACGUGGCAGCUUAGUUGCAGUAGCAAUCAAAGGAUGUGGACGCACAGGCUGCUCACGACAUUACUCAAGCGAGGUGUGUCGCAGCUGUGUUGUCGGUACCGCCUGAGCCGCACAGGCGGUGCAAUGCGGGGGUUGAUACGUUGUGUCCAAUCCGUCGGCUUGGGUGCCUUGGAACGUCGUCCGAUACGACGGUUAGCCGUGUUCCUUGGCUGGGCGGUGAAGGCAGGCUUAGGUUGGGCAAAAAGGAACGGAGUUGCGUGGGGCGGGGGCGACCUGGUAGGAGGACUGCCGACGAGGGCGAGGCGCAGGGCACGGACGGCAGGCAAAACGCUGCUUGCUUUUGCAAUGGGCCGUUGAGAGCUAGCAGACACCAACACACCACGACGUGUGUCACUGAUACCCACAUAAGGGAUUGCGAGCCGCAUGUGCGGAUUUUGUUGUGUGGCUGUGUGUACUUGGGAGGCUGUGUGUACUUGGGAGGCGAGGGUGGUGCUUGGAAAGAAGGCAUCAUUACUCUACAGGCUGCGUCGGAUUAUCACCCACCACCCGUGUCGCUGUUGUGUCUUCACGGCUUCAUUUUCCUUACGAGUGCGGAGGAUUGCGGCAAUAUCAGCAGCCAUUUGUUUAAAAUCGGUCCUGCAGGGGAUCGAUGCGCUCCUGCUGGCAGUAUUGCCCUUUCCUGUUUCCUUGUGCACCGGUACGUGCCGGUCUUUGGAGACGUGUCUGUUAGCUGUGUUGUGCAGCGCUAGCGUUGAUGGGCACUGCAGGCGGCUGGGGUGGCGGGAACCUAAAGGGAGCCGCACAGGCCUUGUCCGGGUUACUGCCCAAGUUCGGCACCUUGUGUCAUUUGGGAAUUGUGCCGAUGGACCUGACAUAAGUCACAUGACAUGACGAGCAUGCAUGGUUGUGAAUCACACACUGGGGACAAGGCUGCGAACGUCCCGGGAGAAACCUAAUAAGUACGGCAAAACGUUUUUACCCCGCUGUAUGAGUGUACGGUUAUUUUCGCAUGCCGUUCCAGUUGAACUGAUUGAAUCUCUUCGUGCAUCCACAACCCCUGGCUUUCGGACUCAGGGCUCCACUUUUCUCGUCUUCACCUUUUCGCAGCACCUGGGUUCAAUUAAUUGGAAACCGCUGUUCUGUCUCGUCAUCAAAGGAAGCUGUAGCGCUCUCACUCGGGGUGUGCAGUAGUAAACAUGGC